AUGAGGUCCGCUUCUAGGCUGAGAAAGCACAGAGAGCGGCUGGCUUGUUCGGCAUGCCGGCAGAGGAAGCUCAAGUGUGACCGUGAAAGUCCCUGCGGCAGCUGUAUUCGCAGGAGAGACACUACAUCCUGCUCCUACGAAGCUUCCAUCGAUGACCUGGACCGCGACCGUCUCCGCCGCACACAGGCCCAAGCACGUCUUGAACAUCUGGAGCACCUCGUCGGGUUACUCGCGGAACAACGUUCAAGCACCACUAUUGGAGCUCAAUAUAGCACUCCGGCUGUUGAGUUACCGCAUGACCCGGACACUGGGGAGCACACAAUCGCAUCGUCGUCUUCUCGCUCCGACCAGGCUGGAAGUGGUACAACACACUGGUCAGCUAUGCUAGACGACAUACAAGCUCUCAGGUCUACCCUCGAUCCUCUAGAGGGCAAUGACAUGGAUGAUGGAGACACGAGUGCUCCUCAAGCAGACGUUGGAAUGGGAAUGGACGUCAUGUUCGGCGCUGGCCUUUCACAAGCCGUCAGUAUCGAACAUGUACUGAAUACUCAUCUUCCAUCGCGAAGGAGCACCGACCGCCUGUUUCAGAGGCAGUACGAGGCUUUCUGGAGCGACCCUAGCGCAGCUUCGCCACUUUGGAUAUCGAUCCUCUUUUCAAUAUUGUUCAUCGCCGCCAACAUAUCCCGAAACGGUACAGAAAAUGAGAUACCAGGGCAUGGGUUUGCAGUUGCUGCCGCCCAGUGUCUCGCUCUGGGCGAGUAUUUCCGCCCCAAAGCCUUCUGCUUCGAGGCACUCUUACUUUAUCUCCAUUCACGCUUCAUGACUUGUCUGGAAAUCUCUCCGGAUAUGGGUGCUCUUCUUAGCGUGCUUGCCCACAUUGCGACGGUUUCAGGCUAUCACAGAGAGAGUAGCGUCUCAAGUAUGAGUCCCUUCACAGCAGAGAUGCGACGCAGGGGAUGGAGUAUGUUCAUGCAGCUUGAUCUUUUAGUAUCAUUCCAUCUGGGUGUUCCGUCGAGAAUCACCUUAUCAGUCUCAGACACACGAGCUCCAAGCAAUCUUCUCGACUCCGAUUUCGACGAACACAGCGCUCGACUGCCCUCCCCACGACCGGAUUCUGAGGUGACUAGUGUAACAUUUUGCAUUAUCAAGCACAAAUUCAUGACAAUAUUCGGCAAGAUUCUGCAACAUGCGCUUGUAAACCCUUCACACGAGGUAAUAGACGCUCAAAUUGACUCUUUGGAUGCCGAACUCAAACAUUUAUACGGAAGCCUGCCGGAAUUAUAUCGACCUCGGCCAAUUCAGACUUGUAUAAUCGACCAUCCUCAACUUAUCGUCGCUCGCCUUUUCUACGAGGAGUGCAGGCCUGGAGGCCAGCUGGAUACCGAGGAGUGGUUGAUGAAGAGUAUCACCUGGCAUGACUUCUUACUCGGUGUAACCACAUUGUGUCUUGUGGCCCAUGCAACAAGCCAGAUCACUGAGGGAUUUCAUAUCGAUCAACUGAGUGUGAAGCUUCUGUUGGAAAGAGUCAGAACAAUGCUUCAAACUGAAAAUUCAGAAGAUGGAGCAAGGGCUCGAUCCAGAGUUUUAUCGAUAGUGGAAGCUACAAUCUCUCGUCUAUGGGCACAACAAAGCAGCGAAGGCAUGCAAACAACAGCCGAUAUACAGGCGUCACCGAAUGGAACUGAGGAAAUGAGGUGGGAAAAUGGGGAGGCCCAUCAACACGAAACUAAUUGGGAUUAUCUAGACGAGCUGCUCGAUGCCUCUCAUCAUGGGAUAUUUACCCCAGCAGAAGUAUAA